AUAUUGAAUAACCUAUUAGCCAUCCCAGCAUGUUUCCAAAGCUUUAAUGUAUAAAUUUACAAAUUAGAGUCAUAAUGUUGUUUAAUUUUCAUGAACAGUUGAAGCCAGUUUUGGUUAUGAUUAUAGUUAAUUUAGCUUUAUCCGUUGUGAAUGUAUUUUUGAAGAAAAUUUUAAAUGAAGGAAUGGAUCAUUUAACCAUUUUAACAUAUCGACAAGCAAUUGCAUCCAUUUUCUUAGCACCUAUUGCUUGCAUCUUUGAAAGGGAAAGCAAGAUUGAUAGGCAUAUAAUAUGUCUCCUUUUCUUUAGUGCUCUUGUAGGAGUAACACUCACACAACAUCUCUAUCUUCUGGGACUAGAAUACACAUCAGCAACUUUCUCAUGUGCAUUUCUCAAUAUAAUGCCUGUAUUCACAUUCAUUAUGGCUCUCCCUUUGGGGAUGGAGAAAGUGAGCAUGCAAAGCAAGAGUGCAAAAGCCAAAGUCUUGGGAACUUUUGUGUGUAUUGGUGGAGCUUUGAUAUUGAUCCUUUACAAAGGAAUUCCCUUAAUCAACCCACAAUCUCAUAAAGUUACAACACCAGCAUCAGCCUCCAGUUUAAAGAAAUGGAUUAUAGGUUCAAUAUUUCUGACUGCAUCUUGCGUCUUCUGGUCUUCAUGGUUUCUUAUACAAGAAAAGGUUGGCAAAAAGUAUCCAUAUCGAUACUCUAGCACAGCCAUUACAUCGUUCUUUGCUACCAUUCAAUCCGCAAUAUUAAACUUGAUCAUCCAUCGAAACAACGCCAAAUGGAUUCUCAAAGGAAAGCUACAGAUAAUGACUGUUGUAUAUUCCGGUUUGGUGGGAUCUGGCUUAUGCUAUGUGGCAAUGGCAUGGUGUGUCAAACAAAAGGGUCCGGUAUUCACGGCAGCAUUUGCACCACUUUUACAGAUGUUUGUGGCUGUGCUUGAUCUUUGUAUAUUACAAGAGGAGAUUUAUCUAGGAAGUGUUGUAGGAUCAGUCUUUGUUAUUUCUGGCAUGUAUAUGCUCCUAUGGGGUAAAAGUAAAGAGAGAGAGCAGUGUGCCUUGAAGGACAUUCCAGAAAGCCAAAAGGAUGAAGAAUGUCACUAACAAAAGCAACAACACUACUAUGAAUAACUUUGAGACCAAUGACGUCUUUAAGCUAAUGCGUUAAGGGAAACAGGAUUUCUUGAGAUAUUAGACUUGUUUUGCAUCUGUCCAGGAGCAAUAGCAAAUAUAGUAGUGACGCCUAAGAGCACAGGCUUAUUCAUAGUUGUAAACGUUGCAUUCAUUGAGUGCUAUAAGUAAGUUUACAUCAAGCUGUUAAAAAUACAAGAAAAAUAAAACAUCUCAUGCAGUGUGAAUAAAUGUUAGGUGACUUCUACUUA